CGUUCCUGGGCCAUCGCGAUGGAGCCGCUCGACACGACGAUGAGCGUGAACAGGACGAUCGGGAUCAACUCAUCUACGCAUCGGAUGAUGUCCUUUGACGAAGCCACGGUCAUUCGGCGCUGCUAUCAGCGCAACAACCGGAAGGGCGGCCAGAAGAACUUGCGCUGUUUCCCGAACUGCUGCCAGGGUGUCCACGCAAGCACUGGCUACUGCGGCGGGCCCAUCGUUGUGCACUUGACGCACCCGGUCUUGAAGAAGGGCGCCGACUACAUGCUCUUUGCCGAGUUCUGCCCCGUCGUGAACGGCGUGCCCGACGGCUCGUUGCACGAAGGCGACGUGUGGCCUGUCGAGAAGGCCCUUUCGCUCGCCCACAAGGAGAAGAACCCGCUUCUACCCCUCUUCCAGGGCUCGCCGAUGGACGGCGCGCCGCACGCGUAUUGCUUCAACGCGUCCAAAAAGGGGUGGCACUACGGCUUUGUGAGCAACAAGCACGUCUCGGAGAUGCACCACGUGCUCAUGGUCUACCUCCUCGAGCGCCGACCAGACACGGCGCUCCACUGCAUCGACACCCUCGUCUCGGUCUCGUUUUCUAUUUAUUGCCGUCGUCGCGCCAAGACGUCGCGUCUCGGCGAGCUGCUGUCGGCCGACCCGACGCCGCUCGUGCCCGCCGACGAGCGCAAGCGCAAGGACGCAGCGAUCGACGCGCCCAAGGUUCGGCCUCCUUCCCGGAGUAGCGACACAGACUGGAUGAUCUUGAAUGAGCUUCUCUCGGAGACGGCGCCGCAAGACAAGGACCCACCGUCGUCACCCGAGACCACGUCGAGCCAAGAAGACGAAGAUCUCCAAGUCAUCAAGCGCAUCAAGCUGCCGCCGCCGUCGUCUUCCGUCGUAAAAGAAGAGGUGACAUCGCCAAGCACGUCGCCAGCAGAUACAGCAGAGUUUGUCGCGCCGCCGGGCUUUUACUCGGUCGCGCAGGUCAAGGCCGCGCUCGGCAUUGCUGACGUGUUCAAGUUCCCGCCCAAGAACCUUCGCGCAGUAGACGUCGUCGCCAAAGCGCCCUCGGCAAUGUCCACGACGUCAUCGACAGCAACCUCGACGGCGACGUCGACAGCCGCGUCGACAAGGUCGUCCGCCAAGGCAUCGGUGACGUUCCCGUCGCCCAUGCGAUCGUACGACCCGCAGCGUGAGUUUACGCAGUCGGCGCCGCAUCUGUCGCGACAAACGCACCGGCGCGUGCGUGGCCACGAUAUGCACGAGGCACUGUCGCAGUCGACGCCGACGGCGCCCCACCAGCUGCACCGCCCAGUGUCUUCGCCGUUGCGGCACCGAAGCCAGAGUGCACUACACGCCAACAGCUACGCGGGCCCGUUUUUCGCCAACCCCGCGCAGCAGCUCAUGUUCCAGCAGCAGCAACAACACAGCUUCAUGUACCCGCAGGCGUAUCCUGGCGGGUUUAGCCACCCUGGCAUGAUGACAAUGCCUCACCCGUCGACGAUGGGGUACCCACAGAUGUACGAGCCGAUGGGGUACGGGUUCCAGUCGCCGGCGUUCACACGCAUGAACUCGACGCCAAUGUCAACGCCGUCGUCGAGCGCAUCGCCGUACCAAAGCCCACAGCCUUACACGACAAGCAGCGGGACGCCGUCUCCAGUGUAUACAACUCCGCCAAACCCGUCGUUCGCCUUCCCAACGCCCGACCCUUCGGCGCCGUCCAUGACGAUCUUGGAGGAGCUCCUUCUCGAAGACGACUCGGUGCAAAUGGCUGUACCGUACCCGUCGCGCGACGUCACGCAAGCGUAUUACCAGCGCCAGGACACGGUGGCUGCGGGUGUUGCCACCGUCACACCGUGCCUGCCCCUCGACUUGAAGCCAUCGUCUGCACCGGCACCGAUCGAGCGCCGGGCGACAGAUCACCGCUCUCGAGACACAGUUAUCCCGACCGAAAUCGUCGUCACUCCCCGUGGCCGUACCGCUCGCGUGCAUCUUGGCAGAGGCCACAGCAGCAAUGACAACCACACGAUGUCGCCGGUCGCGGCGCCCACGACGAGCCGUCGGCGGUCUACAUCGGCGUCGUCCUCAUCGCCUCACCACCUCUCGAUCAACAUGGACGAGCUCAUGUCGUCGCGGUCCAUCUACCUGCGCAUGGGUUCACCAUCGCAGCCAUCGUUUGUGCGGCUCGUUGCAUCCAAGUCAAAAAAGCGCAACAAGCACCGACGCCGACGACGCGACUCGGACAACGACGACGACGAGAGCACCGAGGCAGCACCGGCGGUCGCACCGGCCAACAAGCCGCCCAGCCUUGUCGCACUCGUCAGUGGCAACUGCAACUUGAUUUUGAAGGCGCUGGCGUUUGUGACACUUUGCGUCGUGCUGGUGUACUACUCGACGCACGUCGCUGCAGGGAUGAAGCCCGAGGAACCGACCCAGACGACGUCCGCGGAGAUGCACGCAAUAGCGAAUACCACUGACAUCAAGCUCGGACGGCGUGCGCUCUCGUUAACUUAAGGCAUCACUAGUAUUUCCACGCACAAUAUAGGGUUUGAAUCACAAUCUAUUUGCUCCGUCC